AUGAGCGGUGAGAAGAAACGACAUCGACGAAGACAUGGUCCAGUACUAAUUGAAGAAAAUAUUAUUAUCGAUACAACAUUAACAACAACUACAAUAAAAACUGAAGAACAAAAACAUACAGAAAAUACAAAACGUCAAUGGUAUGAUAAUAAUGAAGAUGAUGAAAGUACGCAAGAUGAAACUCAACCAAGAAAUUUAUCACCAAAUGAAAAAAUUUCGAAAAAAAUCGAACGUGUUUUACGUAAAAUCAAUGCGUGGACAAAUGAUGUAUCAACAACACCUUUACAUAAUAUCGAUGAUGAUGAACAAGAAAUACUAGAAGAUACAUCGUUUAAUACGAUAAAUCGUCCAUCCUAUGAUAAUAUUCAAACAGAACAACGCUAUGAAUCAAAUUCUAAUCGACCGACACAUAAUUCCUUAUUUAAUAGUUUUCGACAGCGAUGUUGUUCAUCAACAUAUACCGAUCCAAAUACGAUUAAUAGUCAGCAAAUAUCAGCUCAUCGGCCAUAUUCAAUGAUGACAUUUGGUGAUAAAUCAUUGCCACGAAUGACAACUGCAUCAUGUCUUGUAAACAAUGACAAUAAGAAUUGUUCGUAUGAAGAACAACAACAGAAUAGAAAGAAAAAAAUGCUCAAUUCCAAAGGACAUUUUUCCUCAUUUCGUCAGAAACAAACGUACGAUGAUAAACAUCCAGCUUUGGUUAAUCUAUUGAAUAAUAACAAAAUUCGACGUCGAUCAUCAUUUUCUCAAUAUACCAAUUUAGCACCCCUAUCAUCAAUGUAUGGUUCUGAUUUUUUCUAUCCAUCCGCAACCGAACGACAACAACAACAACAAGCACAACCACAACAUGAAUACGAUAAUUUAACCUUUACUCAAAAUUCAUCUAAUCAUCAUUAUUAUGAUCCAUUGCCAAUUCUUAUUGAUUGUCAACGUUGUAGUCGAAGUAUCGAUCGAUCAACAUUUCGCGACAUAUCAUGUCAAGUACCAUCCGAUGAUGAAGAAGAAAAAAAUAUCUAUCAAUAUGUUCAAUUUGAACAUCGUCAAACCAAACGAUCAUCUCCAGUGUAUAUAUCACCAGCAUCAACACCACCGCCAUGUUUACCGCCAAUAGCUAAUAGUUUAUUAUCACCAUAUCAUCGACGACGAAAACUUUCUUUGUCAUCUUAUGUUGAUUUACAUAACCGUUCGAGAUCAGCUCCAUCAGCUUCAUCAUCAACAUUAUCAUCAAAUUCAAGUCAUACAAAACAUAGAUCAGAAAAAAAAUCUAAACAUUUAUUACCAUCACUUUCGCCUUUACAAUCGGAUACAACGAUUCUAUCUAUAACACCUGAUUCAGUUCCUGUAUCAUCAACACCAUCGACGACAGCUCUUCUUCGUUCUAUAAAAACAUCAAUAUAUGCUAUGAAAAAACGUCUCAAAGAUAUUCGUCGUUUGUCCGAGGAUUCGAACGUGACAACCGUCUUAGACGAUUAUACGGCACGUAGUUCACAAGAAUUGUCUGUAAGUAAAGGACAACACGUUCGUAUCGUUCAAAAACAACUUCCUAAUGCACCUGAUUGGUGUCUUAUUCGUUUAUUGAACGAACAACAUCAUCAUCAUCAUAACAAUCAAUCAAGUCCAUCACUUGCUGCUUCAUCAACAACAAUCACAACCGGUUCAUUUGAUUUGCCAUCACCACCUCCAACUUCAAAAUAUACUGAAGGACUUGUUCCAGCGGCUAUUCUUAAAGCAACUAAAUCAUCCACGUCAAAUAUUCAUCCACCACCACCACCACCAUUAGUUCUUCCUUCACACACUAAAAGUGAACACGAUAAUCUUCCAAAUAUUAUAGAAGAUUCUCAGCACAAACAACCACAAUCAUCAUCAUCUGCACAUUUUAGUAAACGUAAAGCUAGUUUUAGACGAAUUCUAAAAAAUCCCGUUCGACGUCUUAGUUUAAAAGAUAAUAGUAGUAAAGAUGUUAAAACUCCAACACCACGUGAUUUAGCAACUAUACCAGCAUCAUCGACUGUACCAACGAGUAGUAUUGGUGAUGGUACAACAAGUAAUAUUUAUAAUAAAAAACAAUCCAUAUCAACAAAUUCCACAACAUCAACAAAACUCAAAGCAUUCACAUUUACAAACUCCGAAGAUUUGUCGUCGUUUCCUGAUGAUACGAAUUCAGCAAGUAAAUCAUUCGAUGGUAAUGGUGGUAUGAAUGGUAUUUUUAAAAUGACUGAAUCAUCUUCAUCACCAUCAGGUGUAACAACAAUGAAUUCUCCAUUAGCAACACUUACUGGUGAUGAUUUAGAAAAUGAUGUAAUUGAAGUACCACCACCAAUGGAUAUUCAAGCUCAACCAAAAUUAUCUGCUGAUUCAAAUAUUGAUAAAGUUACUACAGACGAAUCUUCAUCACUUGCACCAAUCAAUAUGGUUGCUGGACUUUCAGCAAGUGAUUUUCAUAUCCCCGCUGCUUUGUCAGUGACGACACCGUCCAUCAAUGACGGUUUGACAACAAAUAGUUCUCUACAAUCGUCAAGUAUUCCACAACAACACUCGUCAACAAUACCAACAUCAUCUUCUCUUUCAUCAUCUCCAUCAACAACAACGACAACUAAUGCCAAUACAUUAUUAUCUUCAUCAACGACAACUGUGAUUCCAAAUGAUAAUCCUAAUGACCAAACAGAUGAAGUAUCUUUACAUGAUAUUGAUGCAAAUAUCGAUCAAUCACAUAGUUCACUAACAACUACUGAUGAACCUGUUGAUGAUCGAACUAAAUAUGGUGCAAAACGACGACAUAAUAUUAUGGAAUUAAUUGAAACAGAAAAAGAAUAUGUUAAAGAUUUAGCCUUAAUUGUUGAAAGUUAUAUGAAUAUUACUGAAAAUGAUAAAGAACUUAAAAAACCUGCAGGUCUAGUUGGUCUUGAACGCGUUGUUUUCGGUAAUGUACAGCGAAUUUAUGAAUUUCAUCGAGAUACAUUUUUACCACAACUUGAACAAUGUAUUGAAAAUCCUGAUAUACUUGGUCGAUUAUUUACAACAAAUCGAUUUAGUCCUUAUGUACGUUAUUGUGAAAAUAAACCACGUUCCGAAUAUAUUGUUUCGGAAUAUCAUGAUUAUUUUGAAGAAAUUCGUAAAAAACUCGGUCAAAAAUUACUUGUAUCUGAUCUAUUAAUAAAACCCGUUCAACGAAUAAUGCGUUAUCAAUUAUUGCUCAAAGAAAUUCUUAAAUCAACUGAACGUAUGGGUGAUGAAUCACGUGCUAUACGUAGUGCUUUACAAGUUAUGAUUGAAGUACCACGACAAGCAAAUGAUAUGAUGAAUGUUGGUCGUAUUAAAGAUUUACCAACAAAUGUACAUCAAUUAGGUGAACUUAAAUUACAAGAUAUGGUAUCUGUUAGUGAACCAAUAUCAAAAGAUACAAAAGAUGCAAAAGAAGUCGAAAAAAAAUUAAAAGAACGACGAGUAUUUUUAUUUCAACAAGCAAUGGUAUUUUGUGAAGAAAUUCCAGCUAAAGAUAAAUAUUCAAGUCCAAAUUAUAUUUAUAAAUAUGAUUUAAAAAUUAAUAAAUUACAACAUAAAGAAUUUAAACGUCAUAAAGAUUCAUUUCAAUUUACAUUAGUAGAAGUUGAUGCAGGAAAUACACGUCGGGUUAUAUGUCAAUGUAAAGAUGAUGAACAAUUUGAAUUAUGGGUUACAAAUGUAGACAAGGUGCUUCAACGUCAGAUGGAUCUUAUUAUAGCUCUAACUAAUCCGACAGCUGCUUUACAAAAAGAGCAAGAUUCGUCCAUGUCAUUGUUUACACCAACAAUUAUUACUUCGUCAUCAUCAUCAUCAUCAUCAUCUCGAAGUCAAAUUAAAAAAUCUAUGUCUGAUCGUUCAGGUAAAUCACCUGAACCAUUAUCACCAACGAAUCAUUUAUCAACAUCACCAAAAGUUUCCAAUACACUAACAUCACCCUCACGAACAUUAUCAAGUUCGGAUACAACAACAAUAACAACAGAAACUUCAAAUAAAAAAUCAUCUUUUCAUUUAUUUGAUUCAAUUUUACAACGUUCAGUAACAAAACCAUUAUCAAUAAAUACUUCAACACAUCAUGAUACAACAACACAACAAAAAAAAUUAGCAACACCAACCUCAUCAUCAUCUUCAACAGCAACAACUACAACAACAAAUACUCAAUUACCUGAACAAGCACGUUGUUUAUAUCAUUAUAAUGCAAUAAAAGAAGAUGAAAUAUGUGUUCAUAAAGGGGAAUAUGUACAAAUUGUAGCGGCUAAUCAAGAUAAUCGAUGGUUUGUUCAUCGUGAUGCAAAUCGAACAUCACCAGCUGCUGAAGGUUGGAUACCAGGUUUUGUUCUUGGACUUAAAAAUCCUAAUUCAACAUUACAUUCAAAUUUAUCUCCGUCACCACCACCACCACCACCACCCUCAUUACUAUCCUCACAACAACAUUCGUCAUCAUCUCUGUCAGCUAACAGUCUUCAUCGUUCAACGACAUCAUCAUCAUCGACUCAUCAUCCAACAAUUUCCUAUGAAUCAACUUUACCUCCUAAACCUCAAACGAGUACUUGCGACAAGCGUCUUAGUGGUGUUUUACGCCAUUGUGGACCUGAAUUGAAUAUAUCUGUACAUGAAAGAAAUGUUUUUCUUGGUCAAUCACUACUUCUUCAAGGUCAUGUAAUUGGUGAUCCACGUCCAGCUAUUGUUUGGCGACAUCCACGUGGUCAUACAUUAGUUGAUGAUGGUGUUAAUAUUCAUACACAUUAUGGAGAAGAUGGAAUUAUUUAUUUACAACUUCUUAGUGUAUCUAUACAAGAUGCUGGUAUAUACGAAUGUAUAGCUACAAGUUCUCGAGGAACUGUUUCACAACAAAUACAUGUUCAAGUCAAAGAUUCAAAUGAUUAUCAUAAACUUGAACAAGUUCGAUGGUCAUCAAAAUAUGUACCAAAUGAAUAUCGUGAAUUGAAUGAAAUAGCAAGAGGACGUCAUUCCAUAGUUCGUCAAUGUAUUCAUAUAUCAUCCGGUGAUGUCUGUGCGAUAAAAUUAAUAUCAAAAAAAUUUAUUUCACAUGAACGAGCUUUACAUGAAUAUGCUCUUGUUUCAUCAAUUCGUCAUAAUUCUAUAAUAAGAGUUUUUCAAUUUAUUGAAACCAAUACAUUUUCAAUCAUUAUUUCCGAAUUAAUAUCCGGUGGACGUUUAUUGGAUUAUCUUUGUUUACAAUCAAUAAUAAUUGAACAAAAAAUAGCAAAAUAUAUACGACAAUUAUUAGAUGCAUUAAAUUAUUUACAUCAUUCAAGAAUUGUUCAUUUAGAUCUACAACCGGAAAAUCUUCUGAUUAAUAUUGAAUAUGAUCAAAUCAAAUUAUGUGAUUUUGGUGAUUCAAUUCGUUUAUCAAACAUGAGAUAUGUUCAUCGUAUGAAUGGAAAUAUUGAAUUUGCAGCACCGGAAUUAAUUAAUGGAAAUACUCCUGUUCAUUAUAAAACAGAUAUAUGGUCAGUUGGAGGUAUUUUAUAUACAUUAUUAUCGGGUCUUUCACCAUUUCUUGAUGAAACUGAUGAACAAACAUGUGCAAAUAUAAUGAAUAUUGAUUUUAAUUUUCCAGAAACUUUAUUUCCGUGUACAUUUCAAUCAGCAAUAGAUUUAAUUGAAAAAAUAUUUGUUCGUGAACCAAAUAAUCGUCCGUCAGCAAGUGAAUGUUUAGAAAAUGAAUGGUUUCAUCGUGCUGGUCAAUAUCAAAUUUCAACAACUAAUUUAAAUAAUUUUAUUGAACGAAGAAAAUCUCAAAGAAAAACAAAAAUCAUGUUUGUUCGUAUUUGUCUUCUUGCUAUUAUUAUUAGCUGUAUUCAAGCGCAAAUUGAACUUACUUUACCACCAUUACCGUAUGCAUAUGAUGCAAUUGAACCAGUUCUUUCUAAACAUUUAAUGCAAUUACAUCAUGAUAAACAUCAUCAAAUAUAUACAACUGAAACAAAUAAAAUCCUUAAACAAAUGUAUAAUGAUGAAAAAGGUAGUAAAGAAUUAAAAGACUUAACAAAACAACCAAUUGAAUUCAUACUUUCUCAUGUUCAAUAUUUACCUGAAAUAUAUCAAGUCGGUUUGAAACAAUAUGGUGGUGGUUAUCUUAAUCAUAAGCUUUUCUUUUCAAUGUUACAAACACCAACUGCUACAGCUGAUGAAAAUAAACCAACAGGUCCAUUAUUUGUAGCAAUUGAAAAAGUCUUUGGUUCAUUUGAUAAAUUCAAACAAGUAUUUACUGAUGUAUCACUUGAAGUUUUUGGUUCUGGUUGGGUUUGGCUUUAUAUUGAUGAUCAAACUAAACAAAUUAAUUACAGUUUUGCAGCUAAUCAAGAUAACCCAAUUAUGUUCAAUAAAAAUCAUGUUGUUCUUUUGGGUAUUGAUCUUUGGGAACAUGCUUAUUACCCAGUUUAUGAAAAUCGUCGUAGUGAAUAUGUUGAUAACUUUUGGCGUAUUAUCAAUUGGUCUUUUGUUUCUCAACUUUAUACUGAAGGCAUUGCUAAACAUACUGAUCUUUAA